AUGAAUGGGUCUAUCGGGAAAAAGAGGUAUACGGCAACAGGGCGCGGCGGGGGGCGAUGGCGAGUGAUGUGGGCGAGGGGGAUGGGGGAAAGGGAGAUACGAGUGCUGGCCGCACUUUUUGUCGCGCGCGUGCUUCACGGAACUCAGCGUCAUUGUGCGCCGCUCGCACCGCUCUCCAACCGCGACCUUAUUCAAAUUGCUGCCACCGAAAAACUC